AUGCUCCGGCUGCGAAGCUCCAUCCUCGCCCAUCUCCUCUCUUCUUCUCCAGCCACCUCUCCCGCAUCCCCUCUCCGCCGCCUCCUCUCUGCCUCUGCCGUAGCGCCCGCCAUCUCCCCAAGCGCCGGAUUCGCCGCGGAGGAGUACCUCGUCUCCACCUGCGGCCUCAGGCGAGAACAGGCCCUCAAGGUCUCCACCAAGAUCUCCCACCUCAAGUCCCCAGCUAAUCCCGAUGCCGUCCUCUCAUUCCUCGCCGGCCUGGGUCUCUCCACCACCGACGCCGCCGCCCUCAUAGCCAAGGACCCGAUGUUCCUCUGCGCCAGCGUUGAGAGGACCCUGGCGCCCGUCGUCGUCGAGCUCACCGCGCUCGGUCUGUCGCACUCUGAGAUCGCGCGCCUAGCCUCACUCAGCGGCCGCCAAUUCCGUUGUAGAUCCAUCGUCUCCAAACUGCACUACUACCUUGGCCUCGUCGGCUCCUCCCACACCUUCCUCCGGGUUAUGAGGUUCUGCAAUGUCUUCUCAUACAGCCUCGAGAGGGUGGUCAAGCCCAAUGUGGCUUUCUUGAAAGAGUGCGGGCUAGAUGAUUGUGAUAUUGCCUGGUUGUGCAUCUCAACACCGAGGCUGCUCACCACCGACCCGAUGCGUGUCCAGACGAUGGUGACACGCGCUGAAGACAUAGGUGUGCCCCGUCGCUCUGGGAUGUUCAGGCGGGCUCUUAAUGUUGUUGCCUUUCUCUCUAAGGAGGAGAUCACAGCCAGAGUGGACUACUUAAAGAAAACGUUCAGGUGGACGGAUGCUGAGGUGGGCAUUGCUGUUUCGAAGGCUCCCACGGUGCUGGGAAGGUCCAAGGAAUCGCUUCAGCGCAGGUCCGAGUUCCUCAUCUCCGAGGCGGGCUUGCAACCGGCUUACAUUGCUCAACGGUCGGUAAUACUCGGUCACAGCCUGGAGGGCCGGCUCAGGCCCCGGUACUACGCUGUAAAGUUUCUCAAGGAAAAUGGAUUGCUCAGGCGUGACCCAAGCUACGAUACAAUUGUCAAGCUGACCGACAAGGUAUUCAGGGAGAAAUUCAUAUACCCUCACAAGGAAGCUGCACCACACCUCGAAGAGGACUAUGAUGCCGCUUGUAAAGGGGAAGUGCCGACUAAUUUCAGAUUCACAUGA